GGCGGAGCACAUUUGACAGAAGACGGAAGACCAGGGAGUGCUACGCCAGCCUCCGAAGGUGGCAAAGAAAGUCAGGGGCUGUCCUGGUGACACGCGGGUCCCAGAGGUCCCCCAUGCUGACGCGCAUGCGCCUGGCACUCCUGCUGCUGCUCCUGCAGCUGCUACCGCUCCUGUCAAAAUGCAGGACCACGAGUCCCCCGCGCUACGACCCCACGUGGGAGUCUCUGGACAGCCGCCCUCUGCCCUUCUGGUUCGACCAGGCCAAGUUUGGCAUCUUCAUCCACUGGGGAGUGUUCUCCGUGCCCAGCUUCGGUAGUGAAUGGUUCUGGUGGUAUUGGCAAAAGGAAAAGAGACCCAAAUUUGUGGAUUUUAUGAACAACAAUUACCCCCCUGGUUUCAGAUAUGAAGAUUUUGGAGUACAGUUCACAGCCAAGUAUUUCAAUGCCAACCACUGGGCAGAUAUUCUCCAGGCCUCUGGUGCCAAAUAUGUUGUCUUAACUUCCAAACAUCACGAAGGCUUUACCUUAUGGGGUUCAAAGUAUUCCUGGAACUGGAAUGCCGUUGAUGAGGGGCCGAAGAGGGACGUCAUCAAGGAACUUGAGGUGGCCGUCAGGAACAACACCGCCUUGCGCUUUGGACUGUACUACUCCCUGUUUGAAUGGUUCCACCCGCUCUUCCUGGAGGAUGAGGCCAGUGUGUUUGAGAAGCGGUACUUUCCCACUUCUAAGACGUUGCCUGAGCUCUAUGAGUUGGUGAAUAAGUACCAGCCCGACGUUCUGUGGGCGGAUGGAGAUGGGGGCGCACCAGAUCAGUACUGGAACAGUACUGGCUUCUUAGCCUGGCUGUACAAUGAAAGCCCAGUUCGGAACAUGGUAGUCACCAAUGACCGCUGGGGAGCUGGUUCCAUCUGCCAGCAUGGCGGCUACUAUACUUGCAGCGACCGUUAUAAUCCUGGACAUCUUUUGCCACAUAAAUGGGAGAACUGCAUGACAAUAGAUAAGUUCUCCUGGGGCUACAGGCGGGAAGCUGGAAUCGGUGAUUAUCUUACAAUUGAAGAAUUGGUGAAGGUACAGUACACAACUAAACCAGAGAAAAAAAUAGUCUACGCUAUUUUUCUUAAGUGGCCCAUCUCAGGAAAGCUGUUUCUUGGCCAACCUGUAGGUAGUCUGGGGGAAACAGAGGUAGAACUCCUGGGCCAUGGGCAGCCGCUGACCUGGGCUUCUUCAAAGCCAAAUGGGAUCACAGUGGAGCUGCCACACCUAAGUUUUCAUCAGAUGCCCUGUAGAUGGGGAUGGACUCUCGCACUAACAAAUGUGACUUAGCCUGCAGCUGGGAGAUGCAUGCCUCAGUCGGACCCAGACCAUGGAAUGGUGUUACUUACAUGGAGGGUGGACUCGUCAGGAAGCUGAAAGAUAAAACACUUGUUCACCAUUAGCUCUGUUGAAAGAGCCAAGGAGCCAAACCAAUGCCACGACAGACUCCAGGCCUGCCAGGGAACAGGCCAGUUUCGGCUUACUGGAAUUGAACAAGCAGUUCUUGGAAAGACCACAGCUCUCGUAUAACCAAGCAGUAAGCACUCUGCAGCUUUAUGGAAGCUCAAGAAAGCUAAAAAUAGCUUCUCCCACCCUGCUGCUGGAAAGUCCCUAACCACUGAGCCACCAACCAAUCCUAUAGCAGCCUAUAAACUUUGUGUUUAAACCCACCAAUCAGCUCCCAGACAAACCUGCAGGCAGGUAUUUUUAUUCUCAAAUUAAACAUUCUUGUUGAUUGCAUAC